CUGGUCUUUCCCCUCUGCCUGCCUGCCUGCCUCGCCAACCGAGCCAUUCGGUCUGACCUUCCCAGACUUAUUUCAUCCAAAAGAAAGAAAACCUCCAGAUUUCAGAAUGACGAGUUAUAGGACCAGCACUUCCACUGUGAGAAGUUCUAAUGUCCCAAGGAACUUCAGCAGCAGGUCCUACGGUGGACAAGGCGGUGUCAACAGCCGCAGCAGCUACAGUGUCAAGAGUUCCUAUGGAGGAGGCAACAGGGGCUUAGGAGGCAUCACCAGCUCCUCUGCCUAUGGCCUGAACUCAAGCAUGGGUGGAGGUGGAGGCAUGGGCAUGGGUGGAGGCAUGGGUGGUGGAAUGGGUGGUGGUCUGGGCUUCGGUGGUGGAAUGGGUGGUGGUCAGGCCACAAUCACCGCCGUGACUGUGAACAGGAGCCUGCUGGCCCCCCUGAACCUUGCGAUUGACCCCACAAUCCAGGCUGUCCGCACCGAGGAGAAGGAGCAGAUCAAGACCCUCAACAACCGCUUUGCUUCCUUCAUUGACAAGGUCCGCUUCCUGGAGCAGCAGAACAAAAUGCUGGAGACCAAGUGGGGCCUGCUGCAGGGACAGACCACCACCCGUUCCAACAUCGAUGCCAUGUUCGAGGCCUACAUCGGCAACCUGCGCAGACAGUUUGACAGUCUGGGCAACGACAAGAUGAAGCUGGAGGCCGACCUGCACAACAUGCAGGGCCUGGUGGAGGACUUCAAGAACAAGUAUGAAGAUGAGAUCAACAGGCGCACAGAGUGUGAGAAUGACUUUGUCCUCAUCAAGAAGGAUGUCGAUGAGGCCUACAUGAAUAAGGUUGAGCUGGAGGCCAAGCUGGAGAGUCUGACAGAUGAGAUCAAUUUCCUCCGGUCGAUCUAUGAGGAGGAACUUCAUGAGCUUCAGAGCCAGAUCAAGGACACUUCAGUCAUUGUGGAGAUGGACAACAGCCGCAACUUGGACAUGGACUCCAUUGUGGCUGAAGUCAAGGCACAGUAUGAAGACAUUGCCAACCGCAGCCGCGCUGAAGCAGAGACAUGGUACAAGACCAAGUAUGAGGAGAUGCAGACUUCCGCCAGCAGAUAUGGAGAUGACCUGAGAAGUACCAAGACAGACAUCGCAGACCUUAACCGCAUGAUCCAGAGACUGACAUCAGAGAUUGAUUCCGUCAAGGGACAGCGUGCCAACCUGGAGGCCCAGAUCGCUGAGGCUGAGGAGCGCGGUGAGAUGGCAGUGAAGGAUGCCAAGUCCCGCAUCAGGGAUCUGGAAGAUGCCCUGCAGAGAGCCAAACAGGACAUGGCCCGCCAGAUCAGAGAAUACCAGGACCUGAUGAAUGUCAAGCUGGCUCUGGACAUUGAGAUCGCCACCUACAGAAAACUGCUGGAGGGAGAGGAGGACAGGCUGGUGAAUGGCAUCAAGUCCAUCAACAUUUCCCAACAGAGCACAAGCUACAGUGCUUUUCCCAAGGACAGCGUGAAGAGCAACUACUCAAGUGGCUACUCCAGCGCUUUUAGCGGCGGAUAUGGAAGUGGAUACGGAAGCGGAUAUGGAGGCGGAUAUGGCGGCAGUAGCAUGGGCGGCGGCAGUAGCAUGAGCGGCUUCAGCAGCGGCAGCGGAGGUGGCGGAGGCGGCGGUGGCGGCUACACUACCACCCAGAGCAAGAAGAAUGUUGUUAUCAAGAUGAUCGAGACCAAAGACGGCAGAGUGGUGUCUGAGUCCUCUGAGGUCAUUGAGGAUUGAGCUGUCUAGUCUAGAGGUGUAGUUACCCGUCUGCUAUGAUCUCCUCUGCCUCUCUGGUAGUUUUAUACUUAUAGUUCACCCCACCUCCCACCCACCCCCCUCCCCCAACUAUGAAGUAAAAUGCUUGCCAGCCAUUCUCCAAGAGCCUAAACAUGUUUUUCAUGAAGCAAUAAAUGAUCCUAACACUACCAAAGAUCUGAAAGGGACCAAAGAAUUUAUUUCGUAUGUCUGAUGUCUGACUGUCUGUACUAAAAAACGUAGUUUUGAAAUGGGCAAAUUGCAACUAUGAAGAAAUAACCAUAUCUACUAUAACACUCCCUUGAAAUCUAUGCCACAGCUAUUCCAUACAUGAAGGGCUGUUUCCUUCAAAACUGUGUUGCGUAGACAGUGGUGUUGUCAAAGGAAUGUGAAUGGACUGAAACAGUGCUUCAGCAUUGGUGGUCAACUAAUGUCUUAAAAUCGCCUGCUGCAGUAGGUAGUGCAUGUCUUCCCUGUGCGUCUCCCGUAACUGAAACUGUUCGACCCCUUAGGAGGCUGCCCACAUUAUACUAUUGUCCUGAGGUGCUGAUUUUGCUACCAAACCAAAUAAAAAUGUGUUCACUAAAUGGAAA